CCUGCUCAGAGCUGGGCAGUCUCACUCAAUGUGGCAGGGUCACCAGAGGGAUCAGAGGUCCUGGCAGGAUCAAGGGCAGGACGAUGGCCACCAAGGGCAGUGACCUCAGCACCAGAAUGUCUGCAGAGGACCAGGACAUAUAUAACAGUGUCAAGGAGACUGCAGGCAAGCUCUUCAAAAGGCAUAAGGUGGAAAUUUCAACUGCAAUAGAAAGACCAUUUCCUUUCUUUGAAAUGCUCCGGGACCAUGAAUUUAUCACUAAUGAAAAAUAUAACGAGUAUCAAGCAAAGCUUAUGCGAAUUUCUGCAACAGCAGCUGUAUAUGAUAUUCUUACUGAACUGCAGGAGACAUUUGACUUUCCCCUUCUGCGUGAUUUGUUCAGCAAUACCAUCAUGAAGAACUAUCCUGAUUUACGUCGCAGUUACACAAUCUUCAAAAGAGAGAUAUCAAACAUAAGCAAUUACCUGGAAAAUGAUGAGGAAGAAAAUGAGGGAGAUCUGUUUAGACAGCUUCUUAUUGUAUUUUCCUGCUGGACCCUGAUUGAUGGAGGAAACAAAUUAAAUAUCUAUGAAUCAAAAUGUGGUCUAGGUACAGCCACAUCUGAUAAUGGACUCUCAAAUGACAUGUUUGAAGAAGAGAUAAGUGUGAUUGUUGAUACAACCACUGGCAGCAACGAUGCCCUAGAAAGCCAACAAGCAAAUGAACAAUAUGUCCCCAGCAGAAUGAGCCAGCAG